CAUAAAUUUGUUUCCCACCAUUCUAUUUUCUCUCUCCAUCCAAUCUCCCUUGUCCAUUUCUAGCUUUUAUCUCUUCUUCUUCCAUGUCUCCUCAACCCGACCCAUGCCUGACCCUAUUUGUAGUAUCUGCUGGCGAAUCCAUUCCUUUUUGUUUCACUUCCGGAGAGAACAAUUGCUGAGGAAACGCCUUUUGCUUCUUAUUCUGGUCUCCAGAUCAAGCGUUUGUUUUCUCUUUUGAAUAUCCGAUUUGAGUUUUUGGAUGGGGGAAAAUUAUAACGAGUUGAAAAAAUCAACGGCUUCACAAACCGGUCUAACCGACGUUGUUUUGGGCUGGGUGAUGCUAUACAUCGACGACCCGGAGGACCGGAGCGCCGUUUCCCUCGUUUGUCGGCGUUGGUACGAGCUCGACGCGUUGACACGUAAGCACAUAACGGUUGCGCUUUGUUACACGACGAGUCCCGAACGGUUGCGGCGGCGGUUCCCACACUUGGAAUCGUUGAAAUUGAAAGGAAAACCUCGGGCGGCGAUGUUUGAUAUGAUACCGGAAGAUUGGGGAGGGUACGUAACGCCGUGGGUAAAGGAAAUAGCCGAGAAUUUGACUUGCUUGAAAUCGGUGCAUUUUAGGAGGAUGAUUGUUAAUGAUUCAGAUUUGGAAGUAUUGGGUAGGUCUAGGGGGGAAGUUUUGCGGUGUUUGAAGCUUGAUAAAUGCUCUGGUUUUUCUACUGAUGGACUCUUGCACGUUGGAAGAUUGUGCCGGCAAUUAAGAACCUUGUUCUUGGAAGACAGCUCAAUUAUUGAGAAAGAUGGUCGAUGGAUUCAUGAGAUUGCGAUGAAUAAUUCAGUUCUUGAGACUUUAAACUUUUACAUGACGGAUCUUGUAAAAGUUAGUUUUGAAGAUCUCCAACUUAUUGCCAGAAAUUGUCGUAAUUUGGUCUCUGUGAAAAUUAGUGAUUGUGAAAUUUUAGAUCUCGUCGGUUUCUUUCAUGCUGCUGCUGUUUUAGAAGAAUUCAACGGUGGUUCUUUCUACGACCAACCUGAUGGGUAUGCUGCUGUAACAUUCCCCUCGAGGUUAUGCCGCUUGGGUUUAACCUACAUGGGGAAGAAUGAAAUGCCAAUUGUGUUUCCUUUUGCACCGUUGUUUAAAGAAUUGGAUCUCCUUUAUGCAUUACUCGACACAGAAGAUCACUGCUUGUUAAUACAAAGAUGCCCAAACUUGGAAGUUCUCAAGACAAGGAAUGUUAUCGGAGAUCGAGGACUAGAAGUUGUUGCCCGAAGUUGUAAGCAACUAAAGAGGCUUAGAAUCGAGGCAGAUGCUGAGGAGGAAGGAAUGGAGGAUGAAGGUUUGGUUUCACAAACAGGAUUGAUGGCUUUAGCUCAGGGAUGCCUUAAAUUGGAACAUUUGGCUGUUUAUGUAUCCGACAUCACCAAUGCAUCAUUGGAAUACAUUGGGACUUACUUGAAAAACAUGUGUGAUUUUCGUCUAGUCUUGCUUGAUCAAAAAGAAAGGAUAACGGAUUUGCCUCUCGACAAAGGAGUCCGGGCUCUACUAAGGGGCUGUGGAAAGCUUAGAAGAUUUGCACUGCAUCUCCGACCUGGUGGUUUGACAGAUGCGGGGCUCGGUUACAUUGGGAAAUAUAGUUGGAACAUAAGAUGGAUGCUUCUGGGUUACGUUGGGGAGUCGGAUGCUGGGCUUUUGGAAUUCUCCAAGGGAUGCCCUAAAUUGCAGAAACUCGAAAUAGGAGGUUGCUUCUUCAGCGAGCAUGCGCUAGCAGCUGCCAUGAUCCGAUUAACUUCUUUAAGGUACUUGUGGGUGCUAGGAUAUCGAGAAUUGUCACAAUCGAGCCGUGAUUUGUUAGCAAUGACUCGUUUAUUUUGGAAUAUCGAACUAGUUCCGGCAAGACGUGUAGUCAAGACCGACCGGGUUGGAGAGGUAGUCGUGGUAGAGCAUCCGGGUCAUUUGCUUGCGUACUACUCCCUAGAAGGACCAAGGAUUGAUUUUCCUGAUUUGAUAUUUCGGUUAAACUACCAGCGGAUAUCCUUGUAUAGGAGUAUAAGUUUAUAAAAAGUUGUCCUAGAAUAAUUUUUAUACAUUAAAAAUUUGGGCAAACUACAAUUAAAGUCCCUUUAAAAUAAGAUUUGUCUUAUUUUGGUCA